CAAAUCACGGUAACAAGAAAUAAACCGAUCGGUUUUCCGUUUGAUCCGAGCGAAGAGCCAAAAAAGAGUAAGAAGAAGAAAGGAAGACGGGGGAGGUGGGGGUGGUUAACCGACCUCGCCGUCUCUCCCUCUCUCGGCAUUCCGGUUAAAGCUGAUCCGCCACCUCCGAACUCGAUGGAGAGCCUGCACCUCCGUCGCCGCCAGCCGCCCCCGCGGCCUCGCGACGCCGCUGGGUCUCUCGUCUUCUCGUUCCUGUUCGUCGCUGUCUUCUUCGGACUCGCCUGCUUGGCUGGGGCCGGGGACUCCGAUGCGGCCAACGCGACCGAGGCGCUCAAGGGAGAGGGCAACAAGGAGGGUAGCUUCGCCGACAUGAUCGACCGCGCGCUCGAGAAGGAGUUCCCUGAGAACGAGCAGAAUGGCGGAGAAACUGAUCCUGGUGGCUUCAACAACAGUGUUGCCGAGAAACAGGCAGUUCUGGAGACUGUAGCUAGAGUUACAACAAAGAAGAAUGAAACUAAAGAAGAGAAGUCAUUUCAGUUUCAAGAUGUUUUUAAUCUGGAUAAUGAGAACCGAGCGGAGGACAUUCCCACCUUAAUAGAUCGCAAGGAUAACGUUUUCAUCAUAUCCAAUCCCAAGUCAAAAUAUCCUGUGCUACAGUUAGACCUGAGGUUGAUUUCUGAUCUCGUGGUCGUCAUUGUCUCUGCAACAUGUGGUGGAAUUGCAUUUGCCUGUGCAGGACAGCCAGUAAUUACUGGUUACUUGCUUGCGGGAUCAAUCAUUGGACCUGGAGGUUUUCGUUUCAUCAGUGAAAUGGUGCAAGUUGAAACAGUAGCUCAGUUUGGCGUGAUUUUCCUUCUUUUCGCCUUGGGUCUGGAAUUCUCUAUAACUAAGCUUCGGGUUGUUCGGGCUGUGGCUAUUGUUGGAGGCUUUCUUCAAAUUGCUCUAUUUAUGUGUUUGUGUGGGAUAAUUGCGUCGUUAUGUGGAGGCAAAACUUCAGAAGGAAUAUUUGUUGGUGCCUUCUUGUCUAUGUCAUCAACUGCUGUGGUUUUGAAGUUUCUGAUGGAAAGAAACAGUGUUAAUGCCCUUCAUGGUCAAGUUACUGUUGGGACCCUCAUACUCCAGGAUUGUGCUGUUGGCUUGUUGUUUGCACUACUUCCAGUUUUGGGUGGCACAUCUGGUAUAUUUCAGGGGCUUGUAUCAGUUACUAAGUCGUUGGUUGUGCUAUGCACAUUUUUGGCAAUACUUUCUAUAUUAUCCCGUACAUGUGUGCCUUGGUUUCUCAGGCUGAUGAUUAGUCUUUCAUCUCAGACCAAUGAACUCUAUCAAUUGGCAUCGGUGGCAUUCUGUUUACUAGUUGCUUGGUGUAGUGACAAGUUGGGCCUGAGUCUUGAAUUGGGUUCAUUUGCUGCUGGAGUAAUGAUAUCAACCACAGAUCUUUCACAACAUACCCUUGAGCAAAUUGAACCUAUCCGCAACUUCUUUGCAGCUCUUUUCCUUGCUAGCAUUGGGAUGCUAAUUCAUGUCCACUUCCUUUGGAAUCAUGUAGAUAUCUUGUUUGCAGCUGUAAUCCUGGUAAUCAUUGUUAAAACAGUAGUGGUUACCAUUGUUGUAAAAGGAUUUGGCUACAAUAAUAAGACAUCACUUCUUGUUGGCAUGUCUCUGGCUCAGAUUGGAGAAUUUGCAUUCGUUCUUUUAAGUCGUGCUUCAAAUCUUCAUCUAGUUGAGGGUAAACUGUAUCUCUUACUUUUGGGGACGACUGCACUUAGCUUGGUGACCACUCCAUUGUUGUUCAAGCUGAUCCCUGCAGUGGUUCAUCUUGGAGUUUUGCUGCGGUGGUUCAACUCUGAUAGCAGUGAGUUCCAUGUGCAGUUAGGGUAUAAAGGUGAUUGCCUUCGUUCUGAUAGUGCAAAUAAGCGCAUAGCUUUGAUGAUUCAGGGUUCUCAUGAUUUGUGACAAGGAAUUCACAAGAAUGCAUGAUGGAGCUAGAAUAGCGACUUUGGUCCACUAGCUUCAUUAAUGAAUUGAGUCGAGAUCCAUGUUACCUCAAGAUCCAUAUGAAAUUUCAAUAUCAUAAAAUGGGAUCCCCCCCGAAUUGCCUCUCAUCUGGACGGCAGAAGGCUCUCAUUCGGGUUUGGAGGUUGGCUGGCGCUUGAUGGGAUGGCAUUCAUCCUAUGCCAGUGCAGAUUUUGGUGUAAAGUGCUUUUGAAAUGUAUGUCUAGUUGGGGUGAUAUAUAGGACGGUUGAGAGAAAUGACAUAAUACCCAAAUGUAUUCAUUUAGACAAACUGUAGAAGAGAAUGUUGAUUUGGUGCAGCA